AUCGACAUCCCCAUCCGGACUCCCAACGGCAGUGCGAUGUAAAUCGGCAAAUCCCGAUCCUUACCAGCCUACCAAAUGUCCAUGGCUCAUCCGCCCCCGCGCCUUAUCUCCAACCACCCUUUCCCUUGACAUCAUCGCAGUUUGCGACAGCUGAACAUCUACCUACACACUACCAAAGAGCAUACAUAACCGAUUGGUACCAUGGCCCCCAAAAAGCGCAGCGCCCCAAGCAGCGGCCCCGCGCCCAAACGCGCACGCCAAUCCAAACUCGCCAAAGAAAACGACAUCAGCGCGUCGGAAGAGAACGAAAUCAAAGAAGUCUUCCAUCUCUUCUCCGAGACCGUCGAGGAAUUCGCGGACCAAAAGGAAGGCGUGAUCCCACGCGGUGAUGUGCGCAAAGCCUUAGUAGCCCUCGGCCUUGACCCCACCGACAGCGAAGAACUCCACUCUAUCAUUUCGGCCGUCGACCCCACGGAUACCGGGUAUGUGCUGUACGAGCCGUUUCUGGCUGUCGCGGCGGCGAAGCUACGAUCUAGGUCUGAUGAUGCGAUGGCGGCGGAGGUGGAUGCCGCGUAUCGGUUAUUUACGAGGGGGUCGGGGGAAUUGAUUACGUUUAACCAUUUGAAGAGGAUUGCGCGCGAGUUGAAGGAGGACGAGCUAGGGGAUGAGUUGUUGAAGGAUAUGAUUUUGGAGGCGAAUGGUGGGGCCGGAGUGCAUGCUGGGGUUACGUUGGAGCAGUUCCAUGAUGUUAUGACUAGGGCUGGGGUGUUUUGAUUGUCUUUUCUGGUUUGCUUAGUUGGGG